CUUCAAUUCCAUAAUUAUGUUCAUCUUGGACGACACUGAGGAACCAUGUUUAGAUCGGAAGGGACGAUCAGACCCGAACACGUGACGUCAUACCAUACACGGAAGGCAGGGACCCCAAGCUAGGUACCUACGUCAUUCAACGUUCCCCAGUUGUUCCUGACAAUCACUUCGCAGCCGAUGUUGCUGCAGCACCACCAAUCCAGCCUCACUGCGAAAUCUGUUGAGCGCGGCAUUUCGUAAUAUCUUCCCUCUUCUUCCUCAUGCAACACGUCUCAAAGACAAAUACAUCACUCGCGAAGCCACACACACCAGGAACUCUAACCCAAGAAAGCCACCUUCCACUGGACAUCGCGAUACCAAACACCCUGUAUCACGACACCCAACAAUAAUCACCAUCAUCAUGGCAGAAAUCGCAGCAGGCGCUGUCGUAGUGGAGCAGGUUGUUUCCACUGGCAUUGAGGCUGGAGCGGCCGUCGCAGUGGCACGUCCAACACAGCCCUUGAAGGUGUCUUUGUCCCAGGUUGCCACCACCCAGUCCCCAGCAUUCGACACGUCCGCUCUUGCACGUUCCCAUCACUCAGUCACCGUUGUCAACCACAAGGCAUGCAUUUUUGGCGGCGAGACGGCAGAGGGCCAGCUGGCCUCUACUGACUUUCAUGUCCUCUCAUUGCCAGCCAUGACUAAGGGAGAGCCAGUCGCAGCUUAUGCCUGCUAUCCAGCAUUUGCGAUGCAAGAUGCAGAGACUGGCAAGACCUAUGUCCCUUCCCCGCGUUCAAGACAUGCGGCGGCAGCCCGCGGCCAGUUCGUAAUCGUCAAUGGCGGUGCUGAUGCUAGUGGAAAGCCCAUCGACGAGACUUGUCUCUGGCUGUGGGAUUCCGAGAGUUUGAAGUGGACCAAGAUUCAAGGAGCAAGCCAGAUUGGCAAGACCAUCACGCCGAGAUUCGACCACCACAUCUUUGUCGAGCAGACCCAGGAUUUCCUGGUCCUCCAUGGAGGCAGGACCGCACCAGGACAGCAGGCAUCUACCGAGACUUGGAUGUAUAACUUUGAUACUCUUGCCUGGACAGCGUUGCCGCCUUCUCCUCAGCCUUCCAUUGCCGCCGCGUUCGUGGACAACGUGCUUUAUACCAUUGGGGCGGACUCGAACAUGAGCGGUGCUAUCCACUACAUGGACCUCAAGUCCAACGCCGAGGACCGCGAGAAGCCCGAUGCUCUUCAGUGGAAGACUGUCAACUUCCCCACCAACCCACUCGCCCCUGGUCCCCGCCCACGCGAAGGCGGCGCUCUCGUGCCAGUCGAUACCGGUGUUGGCCGACACUACCUGGUCUACAUGUUUGGCGAGAACAGCACCUCGGCCGACAAGGAUUUCUACACCGAUAUCUGGGCCCUUCAGCUUCCUACUCACGGCUUCAACGCGGCUGCUGUGAAGGAUGCGAUCCGUGACAAGCUGCCCCGUGUUGAUUCUGGUGAGUUCAGUUGGGCAGAGGUGGAGCUCAUUCCGACAGAGGAAGUCAAGGCGCAGGGAAAAGCGCACCCCGGACCACGGGGCUACUUUGGUGCAGACGCUUCGGAUGGAAAGAGUCUCGUCUUUUGGGGUGGCGUAAGCGCGAUGGGCAAGGAGGGCGAUGGAUGGCUACUUCAGGUCCAAUAAGCUGUGUCUGAUGAGGAAACAUGUUGAACAAAUAAGAUUCCCCAAAAGUGUAUUACUAGCCAAUGACAGCAAUAAAUACUUGAGAUAUGAGGCAA